AUGGAAAGGGCAAACUCCAAGUAUGAUGCCGUUGAGAUAACCGGUCCUUCUUUGGCCUUCCGGCCAGUAUCUGGCAACACUUGGUGGGCCGACUGGCUGGAUCAAAUUGCGGGCAAUGACACAAUCCCAGAACAAUACUCUUAUCAUCUGGAAGGCGAAUCCGGUGACUGGGACAAUGACCUUCAAAACACCAAUGCGACACUCCAGGCUCUUCUCAAAACGUACAACCUACCAAGCCGCCAAGUCAACAUCAACGAAUACGCGAAUUACGGAGAGCAAGUACCUGCAGGAGCCGCCUGGUGGAUUUCACGAUUAGAACGGUACGAUGCAUGGGGACUUCGUGGCAACUGGCUGAGCGGCUGGACAUUGCACGACCUCAUGGCCAAUCUUCUGACCAAGGUCUCAAAUCCUUCGGACUACAGCGCUACCGACUAUGCUGCAGCCCCGGAGUACCAAGUAUACAAGUACUACAACCUUAACAUGACAGGGCACCGAGUGAAGACUAGUGGUACCGGUGAUCGUCUAUUCGACGUGUAUGCGACCGUAGACUCGGACAAAGUACGCAUUCUUUCGGGGACUCGGAUCACAGCCGGCAAUUGGCAGAUUACCGUUGACAAGAUGAGCGCUGUCGGUCUACCUAAAGCGGGCUCGGUGAAUAUCCAGACUUGGGGCUUUGCAGGCACAUCGAUCUACGAGGAAGUGGAUGCCCCUAGUGAUCGAGGGGUGGUUACUCACACCUACACAGGGGAUACCUUGACGUUCCCUAUUUACCAGACUGAUGCUAGCACUGCAUGGGCAUUUGAAUUCAGUCGGUAG